AUUUCUUUGAGGAAGUGAAUAAAAUUACCAAAACUAGCUAACUAGUUAAUCAAGAAAAUGGACAAGGUAACCACUCACAAUAUUCCCUUUGAUUUAACUUAAUUAUUCUAUCACUUUGAUUUUGAUAGCAAAACGGUCCAGACCCUGAUUACCAAAUUAGAUCAAAUAUAUCUAUCCAUCUCUAAUAACUAUAUAAGUUCAUUUCCAUUAAUUUGUUUGGGAUUAACUAAAUUGAAGUUUGUUUGCUACCUAGCUAGCAAUAUUCCUUCCCCCUUUUUUUUUUUCUCAUUUUCUCUUCUUUUUUGGUUGUUUCCCCAAAAAUUGGUAGAAUUAAAUUUUGACUUAUCAAAAAUUUAGUUUAGUAGUAAACCAAAAUGGCCUUUUUGAAAUCCACCAUUCAAGAUGAUGAGUUGGAAGAUAUUAGCGUUAUUAAGCGACUCAACGCCGCCAGCUUCGGCGGCGGUGACAACCGGGGCCGGAGUUGGAGCUGGAAAAUCCCUUUUCAAGUCUCCGCCACCGUCAUACUCGGUCUCCUCCUGCCGCUCUCCUUCCUCCUCCUUGCCAGACUCUCCGCCGCCCACUAUCUCUCCUCCGUCGACAAUUCCGGCCGUUAUUAUCAAUUUCCGCCGGUGUUUGCCACUUUGCUCUUAAUAUACAACGGUAAGUCCAUCAUUCUCUACUCCCUCGUGGCCGUCGUUACUGUCGCAGCAUUCAUCCACGGCUUGAACUCCAUCCGGUUCCUGUUAAACACUGGGUCCCCCGAAGAACCCGUUCCCGGCGUCCGCCACGUCACCUCUAAGCUAUAUGUUGCAUGGUUUCUCAUUUUCAUUUUCCAAGUAUACGUCGGAGUUGGCACGGAAUGGAGCAUAUCCGCCGGGAUUAACGCCUCUUUUAUAGCCGAAGCAAGUUCUAACGAUAUCUAUUUCAUGAUUGCCAGAGCAUUGUUGUUCGUGGGCCUACACGAAACCAUGUCGUUCUGGUCAAAGUACGUUGUCAAACCCGUGGUGGUAGACACCGUCGGCGGGGGCGGCGGCGGUGAUCGGGUAGUGAAUGUGGCGGAGAGGGUUGGUGUGGCUUUGAGCUUAGGGGCUGUUUGGUGUUUCAAAUUGAGGGACGAGGUGGAUGCGCUGAUAUUGGUGCCGGAGCUGAUCCUCAGCCUUCAACGACGGCGGGAUGUGGUUGUUGCGGUGGCGGAGGAGUUCGACGGUUGGUGGUUGUAUGCAUUGACGGUGUCGAUCGGAACCAUGAGAGUUUUGAAAGGAAUCAUUUGGGUCGUCUCCGCCGUGUUGACGUCAAGUUGUAGGAAGGUCGACGUCAUUGAGACUUCUUCUGACUCCGUCUCAGAUCAGUACCCGCCACUAGAGGACGUGGUCUAACGUUCAAAAAUAUAGAUUUAUUCGAGUUUAUAUGUUGAAGGAGGAAAUUAUUGUAAAGGUCUUUUUUCUUUUUCUUUUUCUUUUCUCUUACACAAGUAAAGGUUUUUUCUUUGGGAUAGAAUUAAAAACUGCAACGGUAAAAAAAUCUUAGGUAAAUAGUUUAAUCUUCCAGCUAGAUUCCUUUUUCUCUUCAUUUGUCAUCGUUGAGUAGAAUUUUCUCACAUAUGUACGCAUAUUACAUUCAAACGAUUAUGAAAAAUGGCAAAGACCGACUACACUUGAGAGUUGAGAAUACGAAAUAAUAAACAUUAUUCAGUAAGUUUGUAAAAAUAAAUUAGUGAUUCCUUUCAUUUAUGUCG